AGAGAGCAGCAACAUACUUCACUACAAAUUGCGAUUCGUCAACCUUCUUUUCUUUUCAAAGACAAAGCAUUAAUCCUUCUAAUUCGAAAUUGACGACACAUGAAGUGAGGAAAAAAAACGAAGUCACUUAUUCGAAAAUACGUUUAUCCAAUGAAAAUGGAAGGUAACUGAUCUUGAACGACCCUGACUUUAGUACUUGCGGAACCAAUCCCCUUAUGAAAUAUACCAGAUGAAUGUCGAACGUAUUAUGUUUUUAACGAUCCCAAAUAAUAUGUUUUAUCUGUGUCCAAAGAUAUUAUGCGAGAAAUGAUACGUACGUAAAAAGACGAUAUUUUUGCACGUAUGUAAAGGUAGCUACGUCUAUGAAGAACGAAAAAGUUUACGCAUACGUUUACAGGGUCGCGGAUCGAUUUCCAUUGGAUUUAUGUGCUGUGAAUACGGAAGAAUCGAGACUACGCCGCCUAGAAAAGAUAUCAUACGUGAGAAUAUUGGGAAAUAGAAGGAAAGAAAAAAAUAGGAAGGAUAUUAAUGUAAAAAAUACAAAACGAACUUAAUAAUUUCACCGAUCUAAUGAUAGCUUAGAAAAAUUUAAUCCUAAAUCCAAAGUAGAAUUCAUAAUUAAUUGUUCAUCUCGAAAUAUCUUCUUUGAGAUUGAUUCGCGAGGAGCACUUUCGCCUGCUUUUUUGUCGACCGACGGAGCUUAUUAUAUCCGGAAGUUGUUGAAACAAUUAAACUUAGAAGCGAUCGGCGCAUGCACCUUGCAACGAAACAGAGAGAGAAAGAGAGAGAGAGAGAGAUAGAGAGAGACAUGGUUGCACUCGUUGGAGUAGGUGAAGGGGUUGAAACGGGUAACGAGAACGGGAGUUGAGACUGGAGGGAGAAAGUUGAGCGAGGGUGUGAGGAGGAAAUGCAGGAGAGGGUGAGGGGAUGAGAGUCGAGCCAAAGGAAUGAGAGAGAGAGAGAGACAAAGAGAGAGAGGAAAGCUGGGAGCGGGUCGAUCGAAAGCGCAGCGCAGAGAAAUGCACCACCUCUGCUCUUCUCUGCCAGUUUUGCUCGCACACACCGGCGCAACGCGUUCGAGAAAGAGGGAGAGAGAUAGAAAGAGAGACACAGAGAGAGAGAGAGAGAAAGAGAGAGAGAGAGAGAGACAGAGAGAGACAGAAAGAAAGAGAGAGAGAGACAGAACAGCGACCAAUAGCGAGUGAGUGGCAGGGGAGGAAAGCAGGGGAGAAAGGAAGGAAGGAAGGGUGGAAGGGAGGAAGGGAGGACUCGGCAAGCCGACUCGCGUUGGGCUAGGUCAGGUCUAACCGAGUUCCACGCACACCGCUCUCUCUCUCUCUCCCUGCUAUCCGCGAGAACCGAGCAAGCGGAGACCGUCCUUUUCCACGUCUCCUACGUGAAUAACAGGAGCUCGCGAACCUCUCGAAAUUCAUCUAGUGCAAAUUCGAAAAGGAAGCUUCCCGAAAAUAGAACUAAACGAACGUGCCAUCGCGAACCUACCCUUCCAACUCGGACGUAGAAAAUUCGAAGCUCGAAACGAUCGAUCCUAGCUGUCCUCCGAGCAAUUUCCGCGGCGCGCAACGCGGAAAAUUCUACGCCUCUUUUGCCUCCUCGCAAAAUUAAAAAGAGGAACGAACGAAGGCUUUGGAGUUAUUCCCAAACCAUCUCUAUUGGUCAUCGUCAAAUCUAGAGGAAAGGUAGCUUAUCGAUAGGGUAAAAAGUGGAAGGGUAAAGAAAAGGGUGUAAGUGCGUGUGAGUGUUUUUAGCUCGGGAUCUUUUUUUUUCAAAAACAAAAUAAACUCUAAUAAAUCGUAAGAAGAAAAAGAAGAAAGAAAAUAGAGAUGUUCGUACUGUGCAUAUAGGUGACUUGCUUUUGGUGUUGGUGGUAGUGCUAGUGAAUUUGAAGAUUAGAAAAUAUAAGAAGAAAAAGAAGCCGUGAAAAUUAAUCGAUCGGAGAAGAUAAGAAAAGCUUCAAAGAAGGAGAUCGACGACUGCUUGUCGUGCGGUGCUUGUUGAUAAACAGCGUAGAGAAGGAGAGAGAGAGAGCAUCGUGGAUGGUCGUGAGCGAGGACAGCUCGAAUCCAUCGCAAUUUCCCUUUUCCGAUGUCCUGAUAAUCGAUAACUCCCGCGUGCGUAUCUGCGUACGUGCAUUCGUGAAUUCGUGCAUUCGUGCAUUUGAACGAACGAACCUGCCGAAUACUAAAAAAGAAAAGAGAGAUAGACGCGAUCGUUGUUGCGUCAUAGGCCGAUCGAUUCGCUCAAGAUCGAUUUCCCCGAACGAGUUGACAAAUAAAUGUUGACGUUAACGAACGCAAGGUUAGCCGGUGCGGUAGCACUUUGGUUAGGCCACUCACGCGAAGACGAAGCUAAUUCUUCUUUCCUGAGACUCGAAAUGCCGAUUUCUUUAAGAAAUCACAGGAUCACGUAAGAGAGCCGAAGAUAGGAGAGAAGGGAAGCCGAUCAUCUCCUUUCGCUCGUAUAGAAAUAGAAAAAAAGAGAG